AUGGAGGCUGCAGAGGGCGGCCUUUUCGGAGCAGAAGAUGAUGCUCUAGGGCAGCAGGAAGAAGAGCUGCAGCAAGGAGAGGUUGAUCAGGGUUUGCUGCAUGCAGGAGAGCAGCAGCUGUCCCACGAUGACUAUGGAGAGCAGCAGCAGCAGCAGCAGGAGCAGCAGGAGCAGGAAGAGGAGUAUGAGCAGCAGCAUCAUGACGGCAGCAGCAAGAAGAAGCAAAAGAAGGAUAAGAGCGAGAAGAAGCACAAGCAUAAACAUAAACACAAACAUAAACAUAAACAUAAAGAACACAGAAACAAAGAAGCAGCAGCAGCAGCAGCAGCAGCAGACGCAGCAGAUCCAGAUGACGAUACACUCGGAGGGUUUAUAGAAAAAGAUCCAGAAGCAGCAAUACAUGAAGAUCCUGAUGAUAUUGUUCCUGUUGAGGGAGGAAUUGACAGUGAUCGUGAGCCGGAUUGGACGGACCCUGCAUUGCCAACAUCUGGAUCUAUAUCUGUAUCCCGUUCUGUUAAUUCUGGUAUGGGAUCGGGAUCGGGAUCGGGAUCGGGAUCGGGAUCGAUCGAUCCCAAUUCUUUUGCUGGAGCCUUAGAAAGAUUAAGACAAAGAAGAAGAAAAAAAACAAAACCUCUUGAUUCAGAUUUACAACUCUUUUGUAAUCAAAUGCUACAAAAAAUGUCCGAAGCAUCACAACAAGAUGAGAAGAGCCUGGAGGAGGGGAAGCCCGCGACAGCAAAACUGCAGAUGUUGGAUUCUGUUUGUAGAGAAUUAGUAAAGGUAUUAGCUGGUUGGUUAGCUCCUUUUCGUGACGAGUCUCUCCCUAAUGCCUCCCUACGUCAUCGUUUAUUACAAGUUAUUAAUCAAUUGCCUAUUACUGCACAAGAUUUAGCUAAUAAUGAUCUAGGAAAAGUACUCGUACUAUUAUGGCAACAUGAUGAUGAGACAGAAGCGAAUAGACAAUUAAUAAGAAGUCUUAUUCAAAAAUGGAUGAGGCCCAUACUAGGACUUGGAUCCAGCCACCGGCAGUUGAUGUCUGAGAGGGAGAGAGCCUUCGAGGCAAACGACUUAGAGCUGCAGCAGAAGCUCGUCAGAGCAGCACAGGCAGCGCAGCAAUUCUCUCAGAAGUCAGAGGCGGAGAUAGCAGCAGAGCAACAAGCAGAGAAGAGAAGAAGAACAGCAAGAAUACCUCUCAACAGAGGGCACAACUUUAUCAUACAGCCGAAGCCGCAAAUAGAUCUAGAGGAGGCAGAAGCAAAGCAGCAGCAGGCAUCGCAGCUGAAUCGGGCAUUGCGCCUUGGAUCGAGGGCACCACGUCGCCCCACAAAGGCAGCAAAAGUCUCAAUAGAGGGCCGCGGGCUGUAA